UGUCACUCUACAAGUCACUUCACAGUCAUGAUGCGAGGUAGCUCAGCAUUGUCGAGGGAGAACAUUCACUAAACGUCGGACUUUUAAUAACAUUUCUACAAACCCCAGAAAUGAUCCGAAUCAACAACACCCAAUACUUCCACUUCCUGCAGCAGGCAGAUGCCUUACGUCGCUCGGGGACGCUCUGCGAUGCCAUCAUUUCUGUAAAAAGUCAAACUUUCAGGGCUCAUCGGCUAGUGUUGGCCUGUGCUAGCAGAAGACUAGCGCAGCAGCUAACCCAGGGAGACACGGACAGCCCGGUCCACUGCACGCUGGAGUAUUUCUCACCACGCACCUUCCAGCAAGUUCUAGACUUCACAUACACACAAACUCUUGAGGUGUCUGAGAACGACCUGCACCUGCUGCUGAGAGCGGCUCAGCUGUUGGAGAUGCAGCCGCUGGAGGACCAGUGCCGCAAACAGCUGGACAACCUCGACUACACAGCCAGAGAGGACGGCAAAAGAAGGGAAAUCACAUGCAUCAAAGAAGAAGAAGGAAGUGCAGAGGAGAACGAUCAAAAGCAAAAAGGGAGUCCAGUUCAAGAGGAGAAACUCCAAGAGGCUUCUUCCCCUGUGGAGGAGGCGAACGACUGCAUUAUCAUGGAAAACCUCUCGCUCUCUGAUCCUGCUAAGAACCCUGACAGUCCGCCAUCCCCGAGAAAGAAGCCCAAACUACCCCCUGUGUCAGCACCAUCCAGUAACAGAGACAGUGUUAUCACGAGGCCUGCCAGCAGCAGUUCCUCCUUCUCCUCUCCCUGGACUUUCCCUCCAAACAUGUGGAGCUCAGUGAGCACCCUGAGGCAGAUAGCGGAGAACUAUUCAAGCUUAAUUGCAGCUCAUCCCCUUCAGUCCCCAAACCAGUCCUCUGUAGCAUACCCAUUCUCCCUCUCCGCCCCCCACAUGUUCCCCCUGUUCAGCUCACGUUUUCAGACCCCUGUCCACAGCUCCGUAAUGGGCUACUCUGGCUUUUAUCCACGUUACACACAAAACCUUUACGCCGGGUCUACGGGGAUGGGGAGCAUAAUCAAGCAGAGCCUGUUGAAAAGAAAAAAACCCAGCCAGAGAGUGUUUACUGGGGCCGCUCAAACCAGCGAGCCGAGGUACCAUGAGGUGCCCAAAGCCAGCAGAGAGAGAGUUAAAGACUGCCAACACUGCAGUGCAAGCCCCCGUGGUGAUCCAGUGCUGCGGGAGUCAGCCUCCACACCACCAGGUGAGGUGUGUGCAGGGUGUCGGUUCUGCGGAAGAGAUGAUGUGGUGCAGCAUGAACCACAAUCCCUUCGACAAGAACACAGAGGAGAAAAACCCUACCAGUGCCAACACUGUCCCAAGAAGUUUAGUCUGAAACACCAACUGGACACACACCAUCGAGUUCACACUGGAGAGAAACCCUUCGAGUGUCGUCUCUGUGGUCAGCGCUCACGGGACUACUCAGCCAUGAUCAAGCACCUGCGGACUCACGGCGGGGCCACGCCCUACCAGUGCACCGUGUGCCUGGAGUUCUGCAACAGCCUGGUCGCCAUGCAGAGGCACAUCAAGAGCCACGCGGUGCAGGAUUUCCCUCCCGACUGGAGCAUCAACAGCACCUACCUGUACAACUCACACAUCUGAGCCUCACAUAGACACUGCUGUUGACACAGAGUUCUCAUAAGAGUAACUUUAGUUUGUGCCUUCAAUGACCUAUCAAUACAUUUCAAUAAUAGAGCAAAGUGCCUGUGUUGAGGGAUAGUGUUAGAAAAGCCAAGAAAGUCCUUUAACACUUACUGCUGUUUUUAAGUUAUAACAAUACACAACAGGCACAAACUAGAGCUAUCACAGGUGUUGCAGUUACAUCUAAACUGAAACUGCUUCACAUUCACAACUAUAGAACAGAGAAAUGUGGCACUAAUUUCCAAUGAAAUGUCAGAAAACGUACUGAAAGUGAUUUCCAUUUCACAUUAGGGUCAUGUAUGUGUAUUAAAGCCACAUCAACAGGUCCGCCUCGUCAAAUGACGCAGGGGCACCUUCCCUCUUACUUUCAUAAUUAUUGGACCGCAUGUGUAAACUUUGUAAGUUUGACCUAGGUUUAUAGCGCCCUCAUGAGGGCAACCACUGGAACAAUCAGUGCUUUUUCUGUAGUAGUGCUCACAAAUGCAUCUCCAUGUCGAAAUGGGACCAGCGACUGAGAAGUCAGAAUCUGUCUGUGUGUCUGCAAUAAUUCAUUACACCAUCUAGUAGAUUCAAAUCUCUAUUUCAUUAUUUAAAAUAGUGCCUUUGUCCUGUGUUAGUUUACUCUCAGAGAAAAGCAGAGAGAGAGGGGUGGAAGGGUUCUCCACUGUCAACAUGACCUCAAGGCCUGGCACUGCUUAUGAGAUACAACUCAGCCAAAUCCCAUUUAUUUUACCAUUAAAGCAUUUUAAGAAGACUGUAGUCAUGUAACACUGACAAUAAGGAAUGUUGUGAACAGCUUAUUAAAGUGCUCUGGUUCACGAGAUAAGAAUAACUGAGCUUUUGCAGGCAGCUACAACAGCUAUGCAUUUUAUUUAUUUUUUUUCUUCUUCCAUUAGUAGAUUUUAGUGUAAUUUGUUUACUUUAGUAGAUAUAUUGUCAGCCACUGAUGCAGGGCUGGCUUCACUAGUUGCAGUUCAAAGGCUUGGAUAUACUGAGUAAAUACCAAGAGGUAUUUUACCUGCCUCUCUGCAAGCACCACACAAGUUAUACGACUGUGAAGUUAGGCCAGAAGUCCCCAUAUCAUAUGUACAGUAUGUAAUCAUGCACAUUGCUUCCCAGAGGGAGCUUUCGGUAGAGCUUUCAAGCCUGUUUCCACUGAAAGCUGUUUGAUUUGUACAUUAUUUUCUCAAUAUGGGGUAUAAGAUGAAUGUUUGUUUUUCAUUUAUAGGCUUUAAUGGAUCAAUAUGCCG